CUGUCGUGCUCUGAGGUGCGCAUGAGGAGCGACGUGACAAUCAAAAGCAUCUCUGCCCUUUAGAGAUUCAGACUGUUGUCUUCUGUGUUGUUUUUAUUUUGGGCAGGGGUUUUAAUUGUGGAAUGAAACGCUGAGGACCUCUGAUUAGCUGAAGGGACUGGGAUUUCUUAAGGUGUUGGGGUGAAUUCAAAGGGAGGGAGCCAUGACCUCCCUCCUGAUGCGUAUCUUUCGGUUGGGUGUGGAGAAAAAGCGAAUCCGGCACUUUGAAAACUUGAAGAGGGAUGUGGAUCCACACCAGAUGUGGGAGACUCUGGGAGAACUGGGAGAUGGAGCAUUUGGGAAGGUGUUUAAGGCACACAAUCAGACUACGGGGGUCCUGGCAGCUGUUAAAGUGAUUGAAGUGCGCAGUGAAGAGCAGCUGGAUGACUUCAUCACUGAGAUCGACAUCCUAGCAUCCUGCCGCCAUGCAAACAUCAUCUCGUUGAUGGACGCAAUCUUCUUUGAGGCCUGGCUGUGGAUCCUGAUCGAGUACUGUCCCGGAGGAGCUCUGGAUGAUAUCAUGUUGGAACUGGAGCGUGGCCUUACAGAGCAGCAGAUCAGUGAGGUGUGCUGUCAGUCUCUGCAGGCUCUGUCUUACCUGCACCAGCAUCACAUUAUACACAGAGACCUGAAGGCGGGCAACAUUCUGCUCACAAUGGAUGGACAGGUCAAACUAGCUGACUUUGGCGUGUCUGCAAAAAAUGAUAAUACCUUCCAAAAACGAUCAACUUUCAUUGGAACUCCAUACUGGAUGGCGCCUGAGGUGAUUAUGUGUGAAACGUCUAAGGACAAUCCCUACACGACUAAAGCUGACAUCUGGUCACUGGGCAUCACUUUAAUCGAGGCCGCUGAGAUGGAGCCUCCUCAUCAUUCUCUCAACCCCAUGAGGGUCUUGCUGAAGAUCACCAAAUCUCCACCACCCACACUCUCCAAUCCUCGCCAAUGGUCAUCACAUUUCCAAGAUUUUCUACGGAGGACCUUGCAGAAGAACCCUGAGUCUCGUUGGGGAGCCCAACAGCUCAUGUCCCACCCGUUCUCUUAUGCGGGACGAGACGGACGAGCUCUUAAAGAACUCAUCGCUGAGGCCAAAGCAGAGGUUACCGAGGUCAUAGAGGCUGAGUCUUUGAUAGAUUUCCAGUGUCCUGCAAAGGAGAUGAUCGCCGUAGAGUCAGAGCAAAUAGUGCAACAACCAGGACAAGCGGUUGAAAAACAAGGACCAAAAGAACCCGAGAGUCCCCAGAAGACCUCAGUUCCAGAUGCUGUUCCUCAAUCUCCCACCAACUUAGAGCCAAUAGCUGAGGUUAAAGUAACCCGCAGGGCUUCCCAGGCCACAGAAAAAGCUCAGAAGAGGGCAAGACGCCUCUCCGUUCCAGGAAAUCUCCUCUCGUUUCUGACCGGUGGCGCUCGCCGCAAAUCUGGAUUCUGGGGCGACAGUCCGCUUGUUCAAGGAAAUAAGGGCUCAGAAGUUUUAAGUGCAGCUGUGGGAACCUGCCCUUCAGAUGGCAAAAAAAGAGAAAGCACUGACAAACUGAAGGAGCAAACAUAUGACUUAGUUGAUGCUCCAAGUAAUAUGGCUGCUGACACCAUAGAUAAGGAAGCUAAAGACGAAAUUAACAAGGAGGAAGCUCAGAUCUCAAACACACCACCACGAACAGAGUUACCAACAGAUUCCUCUGAAAAGGAAACACUAGGUCUUACCAAAGAGGACACUGACGCUGAAGAGGAAAAUAUGAUGAUCCAGUCUGAUGAUUCAGGAAACAAUGACCAAACAUUUUGGAAAUCACUCCAGAAACCUGCUAUUAUUGACAAAGACACAGCACACCCACUGAACACACAGGUUAUAGCUUUGUGCUUGGAGACACCAGCAGCUAAAAAAACUGAAAGGAAUGAGGGAAAUUAUAAAUAUGAGUACCUUGACUUGGCUUGUCCUUUGAAAACUUGCAAUUCUUCUCCAGAGAGGCCUUCUAAUAAUCUUCCUGAUGAAGUUCUUGACCUCGAAAAAACACAACAGACAACCGAACCAUCCGAAAAUGAUGCUGUUGACAGAAGAACUGAAGCAGAAGUAGAAGAAGCAGAAAAACUGGAGACAACAGAUGGAGGAAACGGGGUUGCAUCGAAAGAGGAAAGCAGUGAAAAUGGCAAGGAUGUUGAUGUAGGGACAGAAGCACAUAGAACCAGCGAUGGAGAUCAGGUUUCCACGAAAGCAGAGUGUGGAGAUGUCAGUGAAGCCGUCAACCAAGAGCAUAUUACUACUGAGAUAGUCUGUGAAGAGGUCAACUCAACGAAUGAAAAGUCAGAAGUAACGGACAGCUGUGAAAAAGACCAAGAUCUUUGGACAGAAACCGAGGACAAAAAAGAUGUUACCACGGAGGCUGAUCAUGAAGAUUUAGACUCGAGAAAUGAAAACAGUGACAACACGAGAAAAUCUGAUGAGGAGAUGGAAAUACCAACCCAAGAUGAGACGACCGGUGAUUCAGGAAUGCCAGAGAUACCAGAAGGAGAUGAACAGAUACCUGAAGGAGAAAAGAUCACCAUUGGUAAAGAAGAAGAAGAUGCUGCAGGUGAUCAAAACAGCGCAAGUCCAACAGAAAUCUGUUCUAAAACGAUAGAAGAGGAACCUGAACAAGAGCUUCAAACUAAUAUUAAUCAUAUAGAGCAUGUAACAGAAGAGCAAUCGAACCAUCUUGGUGAGGAUACAACAGAUGUUCCUGGGGCAAAGCUGAAAAAGCAAGAGAUGUUUGCAGUUCAAGAGGACAAAAAUGAGCAAGAAAUGCCACUUGCAAGUGACUCGAAAACUUUAGACUUAAUACUGCCUCAUGAAUCUAAUGGAUCCACACUGAAAGAAUCUAAUGAAGACAUAAUUGCACCCAUUUCCCCUACUGAGGCUCCACUGUCUCCUGGGUUUGAAGGGGAAUUGCACCCAAGCCGGCGAACCGUAAAAAGGACACGUAAAUUUAUGGUGGAUGGCCGUGAGGUCAGUGUCACCACUUCCAAAGUGGUUAACGAGGGGGACAAGACGGAGCAACAAAUGCGCUACAACAGACGGCAGGAACUGCAUGCGUUGAAACUCUUGCAGAGAGAAGAGCAGAGAGAACAUGCCCAGCUUGAGCAGAAGCUACAGCAGCAGCGAGAGCAGAUGUUCCGCCACAUAGAACAAGAGAUGACUAGCAAGAAGCAAUACUAUGACGGUGAACUUGAGAGACUUGAGAAGCAGUACCAGCAGCAGAGCAGUCAGAUGGAGGCUGAGCACACAUCCCGGCUCAGGGAGGACGCGCGCAGACUCAAGGCUCAGCAGGAGAAAGAACUAAGCCGCAAGAGCAGCGCACUGAAAGCAGACCCUAAAGAGGAGCAGCAGUUCUUGCAGAAGCAGCAGCAGGAGCUGAAUGAAGCUCUGCAGAUGGGCGUUCAGGAGCAUAAGAGGAAGGUGGCUUCCAUGGAGUGGGAGAUUACAGUCAAAUCUCAGCAGCUCAAGCGAGCUCGCGAAGCAGUUAUUUGGGAGUUAGAACAGCGCCAUCUACAGGAGAAGUACCAUCUAUUCAAACAGCAGGUGAAGGAGCAGUACUCUCUACAAAGACAGCAGCUGACCAAAAGGCACAACAAGGAUAAGGAGACAGCGUCUCGGUUCCAGCAAGCUCUACUGGAGGAGCAGAAGUCAUUGCAGGCCCACGAGAGAGUGUCCUUCCAGAAGGCCCAAAAAGCUGAAGCAAAGGCCCAUCUGAAUCAGUUCAAGCUGGAGCUCAGAAAGCAAGGUCUGAGCGGUCCUGAGCAGCGACAACGUCUCACACAGUUUUUGUCAGAGGAGGAGGCCAGACAGAAGGAAGAGAGACAGAGUCUUCAAGAGAGUCAUGAGAACCAAUUGAACGUGGUGCAGGAACAAUGUGAUGCCAGUGCAGCUGAACUACAGCAGCUUCAGAAUGAGAAGCUCCAGAUUCUUGUGGACAUGGAGAAGAAAAAGAUCAAGACUCUGGAGGAUGAACACACCCUGGAACUCAACGAAUGGAGAGAUAAGCUUGCAUGUAGAAAAGAGGUGUUAGAAGAAGACCUCGCGCGCAGACGUAGAGAAAAAGAGGGAAACAGGAGACGAAGCAGGGAGCCAGAAAACCGACAUGCAGCUCGCCGUUUAAAGUUCUUACAUAAUCUAAGCUUUUCCUGACAAAGUGAAGAAAUACUCUAAACCUCUAAAUGUCUUCAAUAACAGUAAAUGUAGACUACUUUUCAAAAGUUUCAUGUCACUUUGAUUUUGCUGUUUUGCUUUGUUUAUUCUAGAAAGGGUGCAUUAAAUUGAUCCAAAGUGACAGUAAAGACAUACAAUGUUCAUGUAAUGAAGAGUACAGAAAUAAAUAACAUUUUAAAAUAUAUUCAGAUAGAAAACGGUUGUUAAUAAAAUUUCACACUAUUACAGUUUUAAUGCAGCCUUGGUAAGAGACUAGUGUACUUUGAACAGUCUUGUAUGUGUAUGUAUGGGACUUCUUGUCACAUGGGGAAAAUACAGUUAUUUUAAUAAUUAUUUUAAUAAGUUUAAGUUUGUUCAAUGGUAUCAGUAGUUAAAAUAAUGUUUUUGGCUGUUUUUUAAAUUAAUUCACCCUAAGAAAAAAAUAUUACUAGCCCUGGUAAAUAUAUACUCAAAUAUGGACAUUUGGGUUAAGUUGAAAAAUAUUUUUGUCCGGAGUUUGUAUAUUUUUGUAAAUAUGUUUAACAUCUGCUAAAUCAUAAAUCCUGUGUAAGUGUAUCUUAUAGCCUGAAGAUGAAAUUCCAUGUGUACAUUUUUUUUUUCAAACUAUUUCAGACAAAGAGUCUAUUCAGAUUAUACGAAUUCUGGUUGAUUUGUGAGAAGCCUUUGAACAGUCAUUGUCAUGCACACAAAAAUAAGCCUAGGCUGUCUGUAAGGCAGCUGAGAAAAUUAUUACAUAAAACCACACCCCAGACAUAUAUCUGUCUCUUGACUGGAGUCAAUAUGAUUACUAUUGGGCUGCUGGAUAGACGUUUUCCUCUAUGGCAGCUUCUUUAUGGUAAGAUAAAUGCUUUCAUUUAACUAAAUGUGUGGGUAGGUGAAAGCUUGUAAUGUGACAUUUGAAUUGAAUGCAACAAACGGGAACAAUAUUAAAUGUAAUAUAUACUGAAAAUAUUCAUUUUAUUUAAUGCAUUAAAAUGUUAUCCUGGUUUAUGUA